AUGGCAGAUAGAUCGUCAAAUGCACCGACUCCACUACAGUCGAUUCUAGCUGGAGCUGCUGCUGGUGGUGUUGAAUCUCUCGCGACUUACCCAACCGAAUAUGUCAAGACAAGAAAACAACUCCUGGGCGCAUCCUCACCGUCGCCUCUGCGCAUUAUGAUUUCGGCCGUCAAAGACCAUGGCAUCGGCGUUCUCUAUACAGGCGCAGGGGCUUUCUGCGUCUCCAACGCCUCGAAAUCAGGCAUCAGGUUCCUGACAUUUGAUGCAGUUCGUAGCAGACUCCCUCGAGAUGGCAAAACGCGCAAACCUACACCUAUAUCAAACAUGCUUGCUGGGGUUGUUGCUGGAGUGACAGAGAGUAUCAGCGUGGUAACGCCAGGUGAAAGCCUCAAGACCAAGAUCGUUGAAGACAGGGCAGGUCCUCGCAAGUUCAAGUCAACCAGUGACGUCAUUCGUUGGACAGCGACUCAUCAAGGGAUACGAGGUUUCUACCGUGGAGUGGUACCUGUGACGAUGAAGCAAGCGAGCAAUGCCCUAGUUCGGUUUUCCACUUAUCAUACACUAUUUGACUUGAUAGAACCACGAUUGAAAGAAGUCAGCAAAGGGAGUUUCGCAGCUCCGAUUGCUGGAGGGUCGGCAGGCGUUGUCACGGUAUAUGCAACAAUGCCUUUUGAUACUAUCAAGACAACAAUGCAGAGUGUUAGGGUAGGAGGAGACAAACAGGGAACCUUUAAUAUUUUAACUGCUAUAAUCAGGGAAUCUGGUGUUCCCGGCCUGUGGAAGGGUACAACACCUCGACUUGUGAGAUUGACUGUUUCUGGAGCACUCAGCUUUUCGAUCUAUCAGAAUGUACUGGACUUGAUGAAAGAAUCUUUCUAA